AUGCCUGAAGCACCGCUUACAUGCGACGAGGUCCUGGGCCGCGGGUGGAAUGACUUCUCGGAGAGCGAGAUGCGAUCACUACUCCGGGCGGAGCGCAAGAAGAUGACAGAGACGUUCCGGGAGCUACCUAACGACAGCAGGCCGCCGACAAAAGCCUUUGACGGCUGGUACGAGCUGGCGCCGUUCCAGCUGCGCUGGCAGCUGGAUGAGUACCUCGACGAGGUGCCCGAGACGAUUGACGGCUCAGCACUGCCGAUCCCCGGUGCCCGGGCCAUCAUCGCUCCCCACGCGGGAUACGCCUACUCGGGACGGUGCUCCGCGUGGGCCUUUCGCUGCCUGGACCUCUCCCGGGCGAAGCGCGUCUUCGUUCUGGGCCCAACGCACACCUAUUACUUCCGUGGCCUCGCACUUUCCACCUUUUCCGAGUACCGCACGCCGCUCGGCGCGCUCAAGGUCGACCAGGAGACGCUGCGGGCCAUCUACGCGGCCGCCGAGUCCGCCGGCGCCCCCGAGGUGCGCAACAUCCCGCAGCGGCGCGAGCUCGAGGAGCACAGCCUCGAGAUGGAGAUCACCUUCCUCCACCAGCGCUGCGAGGCGGCGUUCGGCUCCUCCGCCGAGUUCCCCGCCAUCGUGCCGAUGCUCGUGUCCGGGGACGCGGCGAACGAGGAGGCGACGGGCCGGCUGCUGCUGCCGUACCUGCGGGACCCGGCCAACGCGUUCGUGGUGAGCUCCGACUUUUGCCACUGGGGGCGGCAGUUCGGCGACUACCGGCCGUACUUUCGCGGGGGCGAGCGCGCGCGCAGGGUCAACCUGCGGGACGCGGAUGCGCCGCCGCGGGACCCCCCGAUCCACGAGUGCAUCAAGAUGCUGGACGACGAGGCCAUCGCGGCGAUGGAGACGGGCUCGCACGCCGCGUUCGUGGCGAACCUCGAGGACACGGACAACUCGGUGUGCGGGCGCCACCCGAUUGGCGCGAUGAUGGCGGCGCUGGAGAUGCUCGGUGCAGAGCGGCAGGAGGGGGUUGAGGGCAAGGAGAGCCCGCGGUUCAAGCAUGUCCGGUACGAUAGAAGCACGCUGCUGACCGACCCGAUGCAGUCGAGCGUAAGCUAUGUGAGUGCGUACGCGAAAUUUUGA